GACUCCCUGGGAGCUGCUACUGAAAGCUAAACCAGGAACCAGGAAAUGCUCAAGCCUCUUUAGGUAGAAAAACAGCUGGGCUCCCUCGGAGACAGAGCGCCAUGGGAAACCGGCUCUGCGGUGGGAAAAACUGGAGCUGCCCAUCAAUUUUCCAGAGGAAAAAGAAAAUGGGGAGUCAACAAAGAAGGACAUUGAAGCAGCAGCAACAGCAGAAGCAGAAUGGCACAAAGGGCCAUGACACGACAGGACAUGCAUGUGAGCGAGUAUUGGAGCAGCCUGAGUUUCAAGAGAGGAGCCAAGGCCUCCGGUCAGAGGACAGCAGCUUACAUUACGCCGUCAUUCAAGUGUGUAGCCAUACACAGCCACGCUCUGCCAAGGACGUGAAGCACCUACAGUUAGAAAAUGCGACAGAGUAUGCCACACUCUCCUUCCCCCAGGCCACACCCUGCUAUGACAGCAAGAAUGGGACCCUAGUGUGAACCUUGGAGAAGGACCAAUUUCCAUCAUUUCACUACUUUCGUGGGAGAAUCUACUGCUUUGGGGACUGAGUGGCAGCCCAGGAAUGGUGGCCACAUUUUAAGCUUAAAGAAUUCAGGAGCCCCUGGAGUUGUGUGUCCCCAAUCUUGCUUUCUCCCCAAUGCCUAUCUCUUAUUUGCCACAGUUUGCUUGGAGUUGUAUUUGGGUUAGCCAGGGGUGAAUGGAGUACAAAAGGAGAGGGCAAGAUUGAGUGUGCAGGAAAGUAAGUUUUGAGCCCUACCUUUGCUCCUGCUCUCAAGAAAAGUGCCGAAAAAACAGGUUAACUCUUCAGAACUUGAACUGAUCUUGCGGAACUUAAUUUAACGGUCUCUCUUUUACAUACCUGAAACUCCAAAGCAGAAGAAGAGGUGCUCUGAAAAAGAUUCUGGGCUUUUGUAUGCAGCCCCCAGGCCUGGUUUGGGCCACUUCCGACCUAAACAAGUAAGGGCAGGGGGUAAGGCACAGACGGAGAAUUUUCUGACCAUCUGUUACAAGGUCUUCAAGUCACUGACACUGACAGCACUACGUGGCCAGGCUGUUGGCUCUCGAAGGUGCUGAGCCACUAGGAACAAUAAAUUGCAUACAGAA